AUGGACAGAAUACAACAAGACUGUGCCAGUCCCGUACCACUGGGAGAUGUGGAGAGCAGCAAGACUGGAGAACAAGACCCAGGACUAGCUGUGUUGGAAAAAGCACAAGAGUUCUUCCAGAUUUGUGAUCGGGAAGGCAAAGGCUUCAUCACUUGUCAAGACAUGCAGAGAAUAUAUCCUGAGUUACCUCUUAGCCUAGAAGAGCUUGAAAAAGUUUUUGUUACGUUGGAUACCGAUGGCAAUGGUUCACUUACCCCAAAGGAGUUCACCACAGGAUUCAGCCAGUUUCUUUUGGGGCAGAUGUCUUUGAAUAAUGAGAUGAUGCAGCAAUCAGAAAGUGAAAUAGCCUGGCCAGUGAAGUGCAAACAGACCAUGAGUGAUGAUGAGGAUGAAGAAUUCCAGUUCUCAAAUCUGAUGGAUCGGCUUGGGACUAAAAAGGUUUUGGAUGAUGAGAGUGAUGUGAAACAACUUUGGUUGCAGCUGAGAAAAGAUGAACCUCAUUUACUUUCCAAUUUUGAAGAGUUUCUGGUCAGAAUUUUUUCCCAGCUCCAAGAAGCAGAUAAGGAAAAGAACGAGUUGGAAUGUGCUCUAAAAAAAAAAAUUGCUGCUUAUGAUGAAGAAAUUCAACAUCUCUAUGAGGAAAUGGAACAGCAAAUAAAAAAGGAGAAAGAGCAGUUUCUCUUGAAAGACACAGAGAGAUUUCAAUCUUACAGUAAAGAGCUGGAGUGCAAGCUUCUGUCAAAAGAACAAGAACUGGAACAAUUGCUUCAAAAACAGAAAAAGUUAGAGCAGCAAUGUACAGAACUUCUCAGUGGCAAAGAAGAAACCAAAGUAGAGAACACCAAGCUGAAGCUGACUAACCAGGAGCUGCUGAAAGACUUGGAGAGAACAUCUCAUGAACUAAGCGUGGCUCAACAACAGUUACAGGUGCUUCAGGAGGAGGCAUCAAGACUACAUGAGGAGAAGGAAAUGGAGGUGUACCAAGUGACAGAAACCUUACAGAGAGAGAAGUCAGGACUUCUGAAGCAGCUGGACUUUUUAAGGGAGAGGAACAAACAUCUCAAAGAUGAACGUGACGUAUUUUUGCAGAAAUGCAAAACAAGUGUUCCAAAAAACAUCUGGAAGCAAAGAUCGGGGUCUGUCAUUGGGAAAUACAUAGAGGGCAAGAUCCUGCCUAGCAGCCAUUCAUUUGAAGAAGAUGAUGUUUUCAAUAACUCAAAGAGAAGGAAUUCUGCUGGACUGAAUGGAGUUCUCUUUGUAGAGCCUGAUGCUGGAGCUACUGCAGGAGUAUCUAAAGCAUCACAUCUCCAAAGAAUAAUAUCAAUUGAGGAAGAUCACCUACCCCAGCUUCUUGAUAGGCUGGUUGUUAAGCAACAGAACAAAUGGAUUGGAGAAGAUGAAAAUACUUCUUCUGAGAUGGAAAAGGAUAAGGAAAACACAGAACAAUCAAUUGAACAUUCGCCAUCAUCUUCUAGAGAGCAGCCUGUAGGUCUGUCAAAAGAAGAGAGAAUAAACUCUGCCCCAGACCGCUUAUUCAAGAUUAUUUUUGUGGGCAAUUCCAGUGUUGGAAAGACUUCAUUCUUAAGGCGAUUUUGUGAAGAUCAUUUUUUCCCAGGCACAGCUGCCACUGUAGGUGUGGAUUACAAUGUGAAAACCAUCACAGUAGGUAAUACCCAGGUGGCCCUGCAACUCUGGGAUACUGCUGGCCAGGAACGGUACCGAAGCAUUACCAAGCAGUUUUUCAGAAAAGCUGAUGGCGUCAUUGUGAUGUAUGAUAUAACAGCAAAAGACACAUUCACAGCUGUCAAGCAGUGGCUGAUAAGCAUUGAGGAGACGACUGGGGAAAAUGUACCUGUGCUUUUGUUGGGUAAUAAAAUUGAUAAUGAAAAGGAACGUGAGGUCCCUAUGGGAAUGGGAGAGCAUCUUGCUAAGGAUUACAAUUUGAUUUUCUAUGAAUGCAGUGCAUAUUCUGGGUACAACACUCAAAAGUCUGUGCUUCAUUUAGCUAGGAUUUUGAAGGAACAAGAAGACAAAGUGAAAGAGAAAACCAUUGAACUUCAAUCUGAUAUAAAUAAAAAGUCUUGCUGUAUCAGGCUAUAA